AUCACGAUUAGUUAGCACGCUCGUGACGCGCGGAUAUCAAUGCGAUAAUUGUGUACAUUUCGUGUACAUUUGAAUACAUAUAGAAUUACAACAGGAGAAUAACACAAUGUCUGUCUCCUGCAGAUUCCAGAAAGAUAAGCGUUUUGUUGUAUUGUAGCUAUUACAAAGUGUUCGACUGUUCUGGAAUUGCAAAGAUUUUUGUUUUUGUCAUGCAAAAUAACAUUACUCCGAAUGAUUGUUAAUUCUCUUCUUUUUUUUUUUUUUCAGAAAAACAGUCGUUGUUUGAACCGUUGCAAUUUUGUUUUUUUUUUUUUUUUUUUUCGUUCAAGCGAGUGAAUUUAUAAACAACACAACAAAGACUUGGUGAUUCACUGCAGUGCACGCCUCUGGAUCGAGCGUACAAGAGCAAAGUCUUGGGACAUUAUCCAGACUCGGUACCGUGGAAUCCGUUCGACGAACAUGCCGUCUGCAUGCUUUGUCUGCCAAGCGGUUUGCGAUUUCGCACUCAGAAGCACUCGGUGGAGCCGACUUUUCACUCGUUCGUUCUCACGAAAGAAGACGGUCACAGAACGUACGGGUUCAGUCUCGUUUUCUACGAGGAGUGCCGCAAUCGCAAGAUAUGCGCCGCUAUGCAAACGCUACAGGCGAUGCACAUCACGGAGCUCAGCAGCGGCCAAAACGGCACGCCUCCCACCGCGAGAAAAGGCCAGGACGGACACAAUACGAGAUCGCUACCACGUCACUUUAAAUUGUCAGCCCACUCACCCGGCGCUGCGUUAGGAUACUAUGACUCUACCAAAGACAAGUUGCUAGUAACCAAAUCGAUAUCCUUGCUAUGCCAGCAGCCUUAUCUCCAUGCGGCAAAAACGUUCCUCACUAAUCUUUAUAAGUGUGUUCCUAGGCAUCCCGGACCUGGCCUUAGUCUAGAAUCUUACGUGUAUAACCUUCUGUAUAACGUUCCGGUUCCGUUGUCCGGCAAAUCGUUGAAGUUCUUCGUACCUAAUGACGAACCGGCGAAAUCGCCGCUAGAACUGGUUAUCCAUCAGCCGUCUCCGUCGCUCGAGCUGCCGAUGCUCGAUUAUCCACUCAAGGACGUUUUCACGUGGCUAGGCGCGGACUGUCUGAUCCAGUUGUUCACGUGCGUGCUGCUUGAGAACCAGGUUCUGUUGAGGAGCGCCGAUUUUCACAAACUGAUGGUGGUGUCCGAGUGCAUAACGGCGCUCUUGUUUCCCUUCUCGUGGCAGCACGUCUACGUGCCGAUAUUGCCGGCUAGUCUGCAUCACUUCUUGGACGCACCCGUGCCCUUCAUAAUGGGUCUGCACGCAUACAGCGAGGGCGGUGUACUAAAGAUAGCGAGCGAAGCAAAUCUUUGUUAUGUAGAUAUAGAUAAACAAAGUAGUCAAUUUCCGGAAGAGUUGCCCGUGUUUCCUCAUAAAAUGCAGUUUAUUACGGAGAUCAGAGCGCUUCUAAACAAGUACAAAGUUCCACAUUCGGGAAAGACUGAUAACAUGGUCAUAAAUUAUUACAACGGCGACAUCAUGACCAGCAGCUUGACGCUUCCCGGUUCUGGUUUUCCCUUUCCACGCAGAAAACAUUCUUUGCACGACGUGCUGGAUUGGGACCGUCCGGAACCGGGGCCGCAAACGGACAAUCUUCAGAGGAUAGAUGUUAAGAAAUCAGUGCACGAUGAUAUUGAUUGCAUAGAGGAUAUCGCAAACGAAAAGAUACUCACGUCUCAGGAAGAAUACCGAGAUACUCUCGUCUUCAAUAAUGCUGUCAGGGAAAUUUUUCUGAAUCGUUUUGUACAAAUGUUUUCUAGUUACGAGCAGUUUGUUAUCCACCCGAGUCAGGAUAAAGACGAAUGGAUAACUAAUAGGGACAGUAUGCACGUUUUUGACAAGGCCACGUUUUUAUCCGACCAGCCUACGCAACAUUUGCCGUUUUUGUCAAGAUUCUUGGAAACACAGAUGUUCGCUUCUCUUGUCGACAGUAAAGUUAUGUCAACGUGGAGCGAGCUCGACUGCAACAUCAAAGUUUUCGACCAAAGAAUCUCCGCUUUGAAAAAGAGAGUCGGAGAGAACAUCAUACGGUCGAUGCGUUACGAAUCCUGCACGAGCAUCGCAGAAACGCAACAAAUACUCGAACAGAGAUUAACCAACGUGGACUUCGAGACGAAUCCACCCGCGGAGAUUCUUCCUCACAGAGCCGCGUAUUUUCGGAGUUUUCCUCCGUUAGACAGCGUCGUGCUGAACAAAGAGCCUGCUCAAAGUAUACUUCGCAGUAGAAGAGGACAGACGCAAUGGAAAUAUAAGAUGAAAUCCAUGGAUACGAACGGGAAACCCGCAACACCUCAGGAAUCUCAAUCACCUCGACCUCAAACCAAACUCUCGGCUGACAUGAGCCCCGCUUUAAUAGCACAAGCCAAUUGGACGUUCGUAGAAAAAUUGCUCAAGGAUUGUAAAUCCAAAACAAAGAGAAUGCUGGUGGAGAAGAUGGGAUCGGAAGCGGUCGCGCUCGGUCACGGGGGCGAGUCCUUGUCCGACGUCGAGGAGAACACCCUAGUCGCCAGUCUCUGUGAUUUGUUGGAACGCGUGUGGAGUCACGGACUGCAAAAUAAACAGGGCAAAAGCGCGCUCUGGUCGCAUCUGACCAUGUAUCAGGAGGCGGAAGAGUGUAAUGACGCGACCAAGUCAAUAGAUCCUAAUUUUCUUUCCCCUGAAACUAAGAAAUCGCCGAAUAAGUUUUUCGGAAUACCAGAUCGUUUGGUUUCAUCUUUGAGAGGCAAAAGUAUUACCGAAAUUGCAUCUUACUUCAAGGACAAUUCGAACGAUUUAUCGAACUUGCAACUGGAAACGGACGUGUCGCCUACGAGAGGCGCAGACAGACACAAAUCAUCCGGUGAGAGAAAAACCAUCGGUCCGGAACAUCUGAGGCCUCUCCCGGACUCUUUGAUCUUCGACAUUCGUAACGUGCAAGCGAUGACCGACAUUAAAACACACAUGGGAUACGCGAGAGCGUGGGUGCGGCUGGCGCUUGAGAAAAAAUUGCUGUCGCGCCACUUGAAGACGCUGUUGUCGGACACCGCUUUACUAAGGAGUCAGUACAAACGAUCGGCGUUUUUACGUUGCGAGGAAGAAAAGGAACAGUUUCUGUAUCAUCUUUUGACGCUCAACGCCGUCGAUUAUUUCUGUUUCACCAACAAUUAUCCGACGACGAAGUUACCGUAUCGAGUCGUGAUAUUUCCGAGCCGAAAGGCAAGCGCCGCCACGACUUCGGCUAACAGUUGGAUCGCCAUUUCUGGCACACUCUGCGAAACCAAUCCGGUACCCAUACCAAAGGGGGCACUCGAGUUUGUAUUUCACCACAAAAAUUUAGGUGUGCUGUCUACGUUACGAAUUGGACACGAUAACACCGGGUUAUCGCCAAAAUGGAUGGUGGAGCACGUCGUGGUGAGAAACGAAGUGACUGGACACAUGUUUAAGUUUCCCUGUGGUCGUUGGCUCGGCAGAGGAAUAGACGACGGAUCCACCGAGCGUUUAUUGGUAGGUGCUUUAGUGCCUCGGAGUAUCGACAGCGAAGAGCUGAUGGAAUCGUGCUCCACACCGCCGAGAUGUAGAUCCCCGAGUAUACCGAGGCGUCCCAUAUUGUCACAAGUCGAACUGCAACAUAUGCUCGGAGAGGCUGUAAACGCCAUAGUCAAAUACCAUUACAGAAGAGAGUGUCAAGAUGGUUCCCUGACCGCUCUGUUAUGCGGGGAGGGUGGUCUCGUACCGUCCUUGGAGCAAAUAUUUUUAUUUGGCUUUAAAAAUCAGAGAAUAUUUGGAAGAAACUUCUACGUGUGGGAUUAUCUCCUGCGCGUGAAAGAGAAUUUUGAGAUUUCUCUGUUGGAACAAAUGGACGAAUACUCACAGAGGCUCAAACGAGACAGAAGGGUAUACGCGGAAAGUAACCAAAGAUUCACCAUCUUGAGAUGUUACUGUCAUCUCAUCGAUCAAAUUAAUAUGUUUAGUCAAACUUUAGGAAAGGAUGGAAAGUUCCAGUUAUUUAUUUGUUUGGCUGCGAGAGAGCAGCUUCUUCAUCCAAUGCUGCGACCGAUGAGCGACGCGCGUUCCACGGUAGACAUGUACGAAGAAAAUUCAUUUUUAAGAAAUCCCACAUUACUGUCUUUCCUUAUUCAUAUUCUUGAACCGUUGAGCGAAUUCCAUAUUGUCCUCGAAAAGAGCUUGACCCACGGAAUAUCUAGUACAGUAUUGUCCGUAUAAGCGCCGCGACUCGGAACGGUCAAGCGUGUCGUCUGACGGAAGUGUCGGAUUGUUUCUUUUUGCGAUAAGACCCAUUCGCUCGGAACGAAAACAACGAGAGAGCGAAAAUUUACGAGGAAGUGCGACAUGAAUUUGGCGUUAUAUCGCGAAGAGAACGAGUGUGGGAAGUGCAAUAAAACGAGUCGGUAAGAACUGAACAUUUGUUGCAAUAGUGGAGAGAUAAAUUGGAACCGUUUAAAACGGAACAGCUUAUCCGGACGGCGCCAUAUGUAUAUGGUUGUACUUGCCAAAACAUACCGAUGAACAUACAUACCAAGGUAAUUCGUUGCAGAUAUUCCAUGUUGUUUUUGAUAAAUAUCACGAAUCGUGGAAUAUCUCUGCAUAAUCUUAAAGAAGUCAUCGCUCGAAACUUUUUAGUGUCAUCAGUAUGGACGCGAUAAUCUGUUACCAUCGUGACUUUAAUUAUUUGACGAAUUUUAAUCGAUCAAGCUUUUAAUAAACAACAACACACAUUCACUUUUAAGUGAAGAAGAGCCGAUUACAUUGACACAGAAAUAAAUAUGUACGUAAUGUACGUAUAAGACACACACACACACUCAUACGAUAAAGAACAAUUUUUAUCAUUAACGGAGGGAGAGAUUGGAAGAGAAAGAGAUAGAAUUUAUAUGUAAUAUUAUAAAACUAAAGACUGUUAUACCCAAAAAUGUUGCUGUAUGAUAACACGCGUUUAUGAGAGACAAAUUAACUGCGAGAAAUUUAAAGCGAGAUUUAUUAGACACAAGCAAACGAUGUGAGAUCUCGUUCUGUUUCAAAAAAGCUUAAUAUACAAUUAUCACACCGGUAAUAGAAAAGUAAUAUAUACACUCUCUUAAGAAAAAAAAAAGUACAUUUGGCCCCGUCUUGCCAUAACUCUUAGUAUAAUAAAAAUAAUAGAGUUUGUUGAGAAAUAUUGAAAUAUUUGAGAUAUCAGUAACGAGAAUCAUGUACCAAAGAUGUGAUCUUAUUUAAUUAUUUAUAUUAAAUUAAUAUUAGUAAUGAUUUAAGUUAAUUUUUAUUGCUGUAAAUAUUUUUCUAUAAUUUUAAAUACGUAUAGAAUAUUUUUCUCGAACUCAUUUUUAUACUUGUGUGUGAAUGCGAGCUAUAUGAUAAUAAGUUUUAAUUAAUGCGAAAAUAUUUUCUGAGAUUUUAACACGAUGAUUCGGAGUAUCUAUACAAAAAAAAAAAAAAAUUCUAAUGAGCCUUAUGGAACAAUUUCUGAAUUAUCAUGAUAUGGAAGAAUCCGAGAAUGAUUAUUACAUUUAGUAAUGGCUGUGCUUUGAUACUUGUGUGCUAUGACGAGAGAUCGAUCGUUAAUUUAUGUUAAAUACUCUGAGGCAUGACAAUUUUUCGUAUAUUAUAAUAUAUUACAUAAUGUGGUCGCAAAUUUUAAUGAUACAUGUAUACGUGCGUGUAUAUACGUAUCAUUAAAGUUUUAUACUUUUACAACAUACACCUACCGUAUACGUGUAUUCCAAAUGGUCACUCGUGCGUGCGAAAGUUACACGAUUUUUUAACAAGUUAAAUAUUGUUAUAUUUUUUAAUUAUUUUCAUUUCACUCGUUCCGCGAGCAACGUUAUUCGUCACAUAGAUGUCUCCUCGUCUGAAAAACUGUCACUGAUUUGCAUCGCAAAUGGACCAAAUGACGUAAUCAAUCGCAUUGUUUUAGACAGACAUCGGAAAGUACAAUUUAAUGAAACAAUUUUUUUUUCUGUGGUUUUCUUUUUCUAUACACAUGGCACUUAGAUUUAGACGAAACAAAAGAACGAACUCUCUUAUCAACUUGAUAUUGCCUUGAUUAAAGAAGCUAUUGAUAUCGUUACAGACUUAAUGUGUGUAACUUUCUUUGUAAGCAACACGAAAUGAUAAGAUGAUAUUCUCUACUGUAAAGAAUAACUCCUGAAGUACAAGAAUUUUAAGAAUAUUUCGCGGCGCAAAAUCAUUUUUUGACAAUUACGAGCCAACUAACCGUUAAAUAUAUUUUUGCAAUUUGAAGUUUUUGUCUCGAUUCGACGAUAUUACGAGCACUUCUCGUCGCGAAUCUCUCACUAUAUUGUGGCCAAAUACGAGAUUAUUAACACUCUUUUGUGUUCACCAAAUAAUUUUGUUAAUAUCAAUAUGCAAAUAUGUGUUUUGUUUUUGUGUGCAUUUUUGUUUGUUUGUGUGUGUGAAUAAUUGAGAGAGAAAUAGAGCGACGGACAAGGUGAGAGAAUUUGUUUCAAUAUAAUAACAAAUUUUUGAAUUCGAGAACGGAUUGUUGUUCAAUCUUAAUUAUUGCUGUGUGGAAGUAACAGCCAUUUGACGACUAGGUUUCAGAAAAAAAAAACCCCGAUUUGAUUUUAAAUAUUUUUUUUUUUGGCAGAGAAAAGACGUUUUUUUUCGUAUUUAAAUAUGUAGCGUGUUGCGACAUUGCUGUGUUUACAGAUUUUUUUAAAUUUUAGCUUUUUUUUCUAUGAAACAUUUCUUUCGAAUAAUUCCGAGAAAACUUGCAAUUUAUGUGAUCGUUUUAGAUUUAAGAAGUGAUAUCUCUCUGUUAAUUGUGUUUUCGCGCGCAUUUCCUUUUUACGUGGCGAGGGUGUGCGAUGCGUUUACGUGGUUGAAGCGGAGUUGCAGCUAUACAUACGAUACGGGACAUUUCGUAUCAGAAAGGUUUUAUAUUAUUAUGAUAUAAUUUAUAUAUACGCGAAUAUAUCUCGAAUCACGUAUGUAUAUCUCUCUUGUCGUCAACAUUACACACGCGCACUUUGUAUAAUAAUAAUCAGGAGUACAAAAUUGUAAAGAUAAGAUGUGACGCUUUCUGCGAACGUUCAUUGAAUGAGCGCAUUGCGACGAUGUGGUGCCACGUGUGCUCAUUAUAAACCGCAUUAAUUCAACAUACAUACUCAUUGUGUAGCCCCGUAAUUGUCUCAUCGCAAUUUUUAACUCACUUCGUACAACCGGCGAGGUCGUGGUCCCCUCUUGUAUAUAUAUACAUAUAUAUAAGUACAUGGAUUAUACAUAUACAAUAAAGCUUUGUGUACUUGUGUAAGAACUUUUACAAAGCAUUCAUUAUAUAAGAUGUAUAUAUAUAUGUUAUAAAAAAACAUUAUAUAUAUAUAUAUAUAUAUUGUACAAUAGAAUAAACAAUUAUCGAAACUACUUAGGGACUUUAUUCUGACAUCUUCAUCUUUUCUUGUGUUAUCUCGAGCGCGAGUGUUAUUCGCGCGCUUUGUAAAAAAAAAAUCCAAUCUCGACAAUAAAAU